UCUGAAGCUGCAGCAGCUGCAGAAUCAAGUGCGCUUGGAGCAAGAGGCAAGUGGCUGGCCCCCGGCGCCCCCGGGUCUCCCUUGCAACAGCAGCAGCAGCGGCAGCAGCGCGCCCCCCAGCCGCCACCCGUUGCUGUCAACGCCCUGGGGCUGCCCAAGGGCGUCACCCCCGCGGGAUUUCCGAAGAAGGCCAGUAGAACUGCUAGAAUAGCCUCGGAUGAGGAGAUUCAAGGCACAAAGGAUGCUGUCAUUCAAGACCUGGAACGGAAACUUCGCUUCAAGGAGGACCUUCUGAACAAUGGCCAGCCGAGGCUAACAUAUGAGGAAAGAAUGGCUCGUCGCCUGCUUGGCGCUGACAGCGCAAAUGUCUUCAACAUCCAGGAGCCAGAAGAAACAACAGCCAAUCAGGAGUACAAAGUCUCCAGUUGUGAGCAGAGGCUGAUAAGUGAGAUAGAGUACCGACUGGAACGGUCUCCUGUGGACGAGUCAGGGGAUGAGGGGCAGUAUGGGGAUGUACCCGCCGAGAGUGCAACGGCACCCUUCUUCGAGAUGAAGCUGAAACAUUACAAGAUCUUUGAGGGGAUGCCUGUGACUUUCACGUGUCGAGUGGCUGGGAAUCCAAAGCCAAAGAUCUAUUGGUUUAAAGAUGGGAAGCAGAUUUCUCCAAAGAGUGAUCACUACACCAUUCAGAGAGACCUUGAUGGGACCUGCUCCCUGCAUACCAUGGCCUCUACCCUAGAUGAUGACGGGAACUACACAAUCAUGGCUGCCAACCCUCAGGGUCGUGUCAGUUGUACAGGACGGCUAAUGGUACAGGCUGUCAACCAAAGAGGUCGCAGUCCCCGCUCUCCCUCGGGCCAUCCCCAUGCCAGAAGGCCUCGCUCUCGAUCAAGGGACAGUGGAGAUGAAAACGAGCCCAUUCAGGAGCGAUUCUUCCGGCCUCACUUCCUGCAGGCUCCGGGAGAUCUUACUGUUCAGGAAGGCAAACUCUGCAGGAUGGACUGCAAAGUCAGUGGGUUACCAACCCCAGAUCUCAGCUGGCAGCUAGAUGGGAAGCCCAUACGCCCUGACAGUGCUCACAAGAUGUUGGUCCGUGAGAAUGGAGUACACUCCCUCAUUAUAGAGCCAGUCACGUCCCGGGAUGCCGGCAUCUACACAUGUAUUGCCACCAACAGAGCAGGGCAGAACUCUUUUAACCUGGAGCUUGUGGUUGCUGCUAAAGAAGCACACAAGGCCCCCGUGUUUGUUGAGAAACUGCAAAACACAGGGGUAGCCGAUGGGUACCCAGUGAGGCUGGAGUGCCGAGUUUCGGGAGUGCCACCGCCUCAGAUAUUUUGGAAGAAAGAAAAUGAAUCGCUCACUCACAGCACUGAGCGAGUAAGCAUGCACCAGGAUAACCAUGGCUACAUCUGCCUGCUCAUUCAGGGAGCCACAAAAGAAGACGCUGGGUGGUAUACUGUAUCCGCCAAGAACGAGGCUGGCAUUGUGUCCUGCACUGCCCGGCUGGAUGUCUACACCCAGUGGCAUCAGCAGCCACAGACCACCAAGCCAAAAAAAGUACGGCCCUCGGCCAGUCGCUACGCAGCACUUUCGGACCAGGGACUAGACAUCAAAGCCGCUUUCCAACCUGAAGCAAGCCCAUCUCACCUGACACUGAACAGUGGCUUGGUAGAAAGUGACGACCUGUGAUGGGUGCCCCUGUUGAAGCUGAAAACUGAACGCCAUUGCUUUGACCAACGUCCUCCUCUGUCACAUUAUAUAAAAGGCAGAAGUAUACUUUUGACUUUAAGAAAUUGAAAAAAAAAAAGAAAAACAACACCAAAAUUGUAUUUUUCUUACUUGAUAGAGAAUCUAAAUAGGCGAUGCUUAUAGAAAUGUACACAUUGCACAAAAAAUUCGCAUUUGUUGUCCAGGUUAAAACUUUUGGAAUUGUUGUAAUCAAAAUGGUCUGAAAUGCCAAAAGAAAUCAACUGUUCAGAGGUAACCAUGGUUUAAGUUAUCCAUAAGUGCCUUCAAACACAAGCUAUAGGUGCUCUAGUGUGGCAGUGUGAAAUGCUUGAUAGAUACUUCAGCGUCUCUAAGUGCAGUGUCUACAGAUGGCUACAGUGAACCAAGUGCAAUAUGGAAGGGCGGGAAGGAGAAUGAUGAAGAAAGCCAGGGAACGCCUUGUCUUUGCAAACUGCUCGUGUUAAACCACAAGAAAGGAAUUUCUUGCCUUAAAUGUCAUCCGUAUCAGGGGUUUUCUCUUUACGCUACUUCAGUAUGAGGCUUACUUACAAUCCAUAGGAACUAAAAGGCUAAUUUGAACUUAAACAACUAAAAUGUUCUGUAGAAAGCCGAAACGUAUUACAGUCCAUUCCACAAGAGGCAUCAAACUACCCAAAUGACCAAGGCAUGUAGUGUUUGGAGGAAACAAGUUUGGAAGGCAUGGGAAGAAGGAAGGAAGGAGUUGCUACCCACACAGGGAUCUCAUAUCCAUUUAGAUGAAAGCAUCAGGCAGUGGGCCAGGCUCUUCUUUGGUUUUCUUCUAAACCUUAAAAACAUAGAUGCAAAAACACUGCCAUUAACCAGUCAAGGACUCUAGAGGGUCAUCUGGAAGUCUGGUGUGCAUGUGUGAUGGAGACUUCCAUGUAGCUGACGUGUGUAGGAUUAAUGACGUUAGUAUGUAGAGUAAGUUGGACAUGGGUUGAGAUUGCAGGGGGGGGCAUGAGUGAGAAGUAGCUGGUAGGGUCUAGUUUGCCUGAGGGAAGUGGAGACUUGAGAGACAAAAACAAGCUUGUGCUACAAUGAAUUUCUUUUCCGUUGGCACCAGGAGGUGGUGAAUGGACAUUUCUAGUUCCCUUCACUUCCCUGACGCCAUGGAAUCUAGCCUUAGAAGGGCCAAGCUCUGAGCACCUACACGGCCAAGCUGCAAGGACCGCUUUUUGAAUGCAUGAUUUUGCAUCAGCUAAACACAGUUGAUUCUGACCAGACUUGAUGACUUUAAGUCGGAACCAAUAUUUUCCUUUUUUAAUGAGAGAAAAUAAUCUGGCCUGGUAGUGUAAGACGUGAGGCUUUAAUGGUACUUUGCUAUGAAGAGAAAACACUGUGUUCCUCAUGCAAACCAUAUCUAUUAUUGUUCAUUAUUUAUAAAAGUGUUCAACUUUCUUAGCUCAGUUACUCAAUUCAUACAUAGUACUUUUUAAAACAAUUUUGUAUCUGUAACCACCCCAUUUAUUUUGUAUUACUGCUUCACAUGUACAGCUUUCUACUUUUGUAAGAACACCAACAAACCAAGUUUUAGCAGGCUUGAGCACUGGGUGGCAGAUGUUCUAUACCGUGUGGUACAAGACUCUUUGACCACAUACACAUUGCUGAUGGGGGGUUUAAGUAACCAUGCAGGGUCUUUUAGACCUAUCUCUGUUGUAGAAUUGUGACCUAUAUUAUUAUACUUGCCAAAUUUUUCUGAAUGUGACUUUUUUUUUUUUUUUUUUUUUUUUUUUUUUUUUUUUUGCUAAUUUGCUGGGCUUGGGAUUAACUAGCAUUUUUUUUGCCACCUUUUACUUUGUAUUUAUGAAAAAACAUAAAAAACAAAGUACUACCAUACUUUGGAUUGUUGUGCCGUUGUAAUGUGGACUUAACAUCAAUAAAUAAAUAUUUAACAAACAGUA